AUGGCAAUGCCAAUACAGCAGAUGGGUUUGGAUCAACGCUUGGAGCUCAUGGAAUUGGAGCUCCAAAAUUUGCGGCAACGCAACAAUGUGGCCUCGCAAUUGGCCAAUCCGAACCCCUUCGCCAUGCAGAUGCAACAAAUGCAGCAAUUUGCUCCGCAGUUCAUGGGUCCGCCCAUGUUUCAGCUCACCCCGCGGGUGGAGCAGGGCACUCCGACCAUCACAACGGCAGCUCCGACCACCGCCUUGGCGACGGUGAGCCCCGAAGAGCAGGAGAAGAAGCGGAAGGCACAGCAGGAGGCGAUGGCACUGCAUCACGACUUGUUGAUGGCGCAUACCUCGCUGCAAAAACAGCAUGCUGAUCUCAUGAAGGCUCACAAGGAGCUCAUUCAAGCCUUCAAGAACCACAGCUUCGCUGCGGCGGGCGCGGCCAACCCCAACGCCAAAGUGCAAACGAAGCAUCCGGCACUGGGCGUCGUGCGGCUGGACUACGACUACCCGCCAGCGCCCGGAGACUCCGACCAUCCAGCAAGCUUCGGCUAUGACGUCUACUUCCGCUGUGUACCUGGCUUGACCUUCGAAAUGUGCCAGACAGGGAAGUUCACGGAGGAGGUGGAGCGGCGCUUUGCCGAUGCCAUCAAACACUUGGAGGCUCGUGGAGUCUCCGCCAUCACUGGAGACUGUGGCUUCAUGAUGGCAUUCCAAGUGCUCGCGAGGAAGAUCGCGGCGAAGCCGAUUUUCAUGUCAUCGAUGGUGCAGUGCCCCAUCAUCGCAGCCUCCAUGGACCCCAGGGAUCAAAUUAUGGUUCUCACCGCCAACGAGCACUCCUUGAAGCCUCAGAAGGAGAUUCUGAUGAACAGCUGUGGCUUCGACGUGGACGAGCACCGCUUCAUCAUUCACGGCUGUCAGGACAUCCCCGGCUUUGACGCGGUCGCCAAGGGCGAGAAGGUGCCCUUGGACAUUGUGCAACCAGGAAUCGUGAAGAUGGCGCUGAAGCUGAUUGAAGAGAAUCCGAACAUCCGCGGCAUUCUCCUGGAAUGCACUGAGCUUCCACCCUAUGCUGAUGCCCUGCGCUAUCAUACUGGCUUGCCGGUCUGGGAUUCCAUUACAGCUGCGGACUUCUAUGUCGCGGCCUUUCAAGACAAUCCUCGCUUCGGCAUCAACGACUGGCAAAAGGAGUGGGAUGGAGAGCAGGAAGAGUAUCACCUGGGGGCGCACCUCACCAAGGAUGAACAGCUCCUGCUGCAAAACAAGGUCGACACCAAGAAAGACAGGAAGCAGAAGGCAUUGGCGCAUAAGAAGAAGCUGGACAAAGUGCAGAAGAAGGUGCGUAAGCAACAGGCACCGAUCCUCGGGGUCAUCCGCUUGGACUACAACUAUCCUCCUGCCCCCGGGGACAUUGAUUUCCCUGGCAGCUAUGACUAUGAUGUGCUCUUCCGCGUGGUGCCUGGUUUCACCUUCGAAAUGGCCCAAUCCGGCCAGCUGAGCCCGGAUGUGCACAAGGAGUUCAUCCAAGCAGUGGGCUGGUUGGAAGGUAAAGGCGUCUCUGGCAUCACCGGUGACUGUGGCUUCAUGAUGGCCUUCCAACCCUUGGCAAGUGAGAUCGCCUCGGUGCCUGUCUUCAUGAGCUCUAUGAUGCAGUGCCCGAUGAUUUCUAUCGCCUUCGACAAGUACGACAAAAUCUUGAUUCUCACCGCCAAUGAUGAGACGCUGAAGCCACAGAAGGAGACCCUUCUGAAGCAGUGCGGCUUCGACGUGGACGACCGCCGCUUCAUGAUCAUGGGCUGCCAGAAUGUGCCAGGCUUCGAUGCUGUUGCCAAGGGCGAGAAGGUGGACGUGGAGUAUGUGACCCCCGGCAUUGUGUACAUGGUGAAGCAGGUCCUCAAGAAGCAUGCUUCCGUUCGUGCCAUUUUGUUGGAGUGCACGGAGCUGCCUCCCUACGCAGACGCCCUUCGAGCGGAAACCAAGUUGCCCGUCUUCGACGCCAUCACCAACGCGGACUUCUUCAUCUCCGCGCGGCGAGACAAUCCCAGAUUUGGCUUUAACCAAUGGCAGUUGGAUUGGGAUGGCACCCAAGAUGAGUAUGAGUUUGGGAGCAACCUGACAGCGGCACAGGCUGAGAAGCUAUUGAACUAA